GAGCAGGCCGGGUGCGCAGAGCCCACCUCUCCCCUGCGGACCACUCACCACCUCCGGCAUUAGGAGAUGGGCUCCAACGGCAGCAGCCAGAUCCGUAGUCCACGAACGCGCGGCCCCACCGCUCAUGCCGCACAGACCCGUCCCAGGCGGCCCUAGACCACGGUUGCCUGGGCCUUACGAGACAGGAGACGACACCGGACCCCGUUAAGCGCCCAUGGGCUUCCAGGGGCACUCAGCUGAUAUUACCCCGCCCCUCACCUCUCCAGCUCCGGGUCCUCCUCCAUGGCGGCGCAGCAAAGACAGGCGAAGGUUUCCGCUCUCCGUUUGUACCGACUAUUUGCUCAGGCGAAAGCCGGCGCCAUGACCCGCUCGCGGCCUGACUCGGGGCGGAGCGGAGCAGCGGGGGCAGGCGCAAAGAACGGCGAGGACCCCGGCGGGGCGGAGCCGGGGCGGUGCGAGCCAGGCCGCUGCCACACCCCGCCCGGCACCUGCGGCCACCGGCAGCCACUCCUGGCCCCUUUGCCCCGCUGCGAGGGGAGAGCGGGGGUGACAGCCGGCCCAAUGAACUCCUGCUUGACCCGCUGCAUGCAAGCGGGACCGACCAUAAGCCUCCGGCCCAGUGGCGGGAGGGCUACGAGCCCCGGGUCGACGGAAGGAGGCAUGAGGGUGGUCAUCACUCGCCUGUGGCUAGGCAGGGGCGGGCGGGAUCGGCGGCAGCGCCAGGGAGGCGGGAGGGCGAAAUCCCCCGGGGUUUACCCCCUUAUAAAGGCUACAGGGCUCGAGCGAGCUGGGACAAGUCGCAAGGCAGGGCAGGGCAGGGCAGCUCCCCGAUCGCCCUCUCCUCUACUCCGGCGCUGUCUGCUCCCUCACCGCUGCCCUGGGCUCUAUACGACGAGUUGCGAUCAGGCGAGCGGCGGGGACACCCCGGCCCGGGGCUCCGCCGCGGCCCGCCCCGGCCGGCUCUCAUAGGCUGCGGCACGCCCUGCCGCCCGGCCCUGCGCCCCGGGCUGCUGCUGGAGUGGCGGAGAGCGACUGUCACUUGGGCCACGCCGCUGCCCGGGGUGGGGGGCGGAGGUGGGCGCACCGGCCCAGCGGAGACGCGGUCCGCUCAGAGCUGUCCGUAGUUUGCCUCACGCCAGGUGGUGAGGGCGGACGGGUACAGCCGGCUUGGCUGAGGGGUGCGGCGGCGGCUGAGGAAAGCGCAGCAUGGAGCCGGUGGCGAAAAUGACACUUGACUGAAAAGCGUAAACACCCUGGGAGAAGUUCUCUCUGAGCUGUAUGUGAGCAACCUCAUCUUAUGAAGAGGAGGAUCUGUCAGCCUUCAUAGCUGUACAAUGGGGACUACAGGUGACGAUAUGGCUUCAGUGGAGCAGAAUGCCUCCUUGAACCCUCUGUGCUUUGAGUGUGGCCAGCAGCACUGGACAAGGGAGAACCACCUCUACAACUACCAAAAUGAAGUGGAUGAUGACUUGGUCUGUCACAUUUGCCUUCAGCCCUUGUUGCAGCCAUUGGACACUCCCUGUGGACAUACUUUCUGCUACAAGUGCCUAAGGAACUUUCUGCAGGAGAAGGAUUUCUGCCCGCUGGAUCGAAAAAGACUCCAUUUUAAACUCUGCAAAAAAUCCAGCAUCCUUGUUCAUAAACUCUUAGACAAACUGUUUGUUUUGUGCCCCUUCUCUUCCGUGUGUCAGGAAGUCAUGCAGCGAUGUGACCUGGCAGCACAUCUCAAAAACAGGUGUCCUGGGGCUUCUCAUCGAAGGCUUGCUCUAGAGAGAAGGAAAGCAAGCAAGCCGCAAACAGAAGCGGAGGGUGAGAGUGGUCCUGGUGGGACAGAGCAGCCCAGCAGUUUGUCAUCAGAUGCAGAUCAGGGACUAGUGCCAGCUGAGCAGAGCUUCACCUCGCCCGCCCUUCCUGCGUGGACAGACGAGCCCGGCACCGACAAUCCGCCUUUUGAGGAGAACACAGUAGCAGACACAAAUCAACAGCCACCUACCUUGCCCGAAGGAGAGAUCACUACGAUUGAAAUUCAUCGGUCCAAUCCUUAUAUCGAAUUGGGAAUUAGCAUAGUGGGUGGCAAUGAAACGCCUUUGAUCAACAUUGUCAUUCAAGAGGUUUAUCGAGAUGGGAUCAUUGCCAGAGAUGGAAGACUUCUUGCUGGAGACCAAAUACUUCAAGUCAAUAGCUUUGACAUCAGCAAUGUGUCUCACAACCACGCUCGAGCUGUGCUUUCCCAGCCUUGCUCGGUGCUGCACCUCACCGUGCUGAGAGAGCGGCGGUUCGGCAGCCGGACCCACGGCCACGCAGACACCACCGGCUCCUCCCGGGAGGACAGCUUCCAGGUGACGCUGCACAAGCGCGACUCCAGCGAGCAGCUGGGCAUUAAACUUGUGCGCAGAACGGAUGAGCCGGGAGUUUUUAUUCUGGACCUUUUGGAAGGGGGCUUGGCUGCUCAAGAUGGCAGGCUCUGCAGCAACGACCGCGUGCUUGCGAUUAACGGACAUGACUUGAAGCAUGGGACACCUGAGCUUGCUGCUCAGGUUAUACAGGCCAGUGGGGAGAGAGUGAAUUUGAUCAUCUCUAGACCUCUGAAGUCACAGACCGUCAGUAUUAUCCGAGACAUGGGGACUCACAACAGCAACUCACACCAGCACCAGGUGCAGCAGCUGUUUCACAGCAGACCCAACUCACAUAAGGAUCUCUCCCAGUGUGUUACAUGCCAAGAAAAGCACAUUACUGUGAAAAAAGAGCCACAUGAAUCUCUGGGAAUGACAGUGGCAGGAGGCAGAGGCAGCAAAAGUGGCGAGUUGCCCAUCUUUGUGACAAGUGUGCAGCCUCACGGGUGCUUGGCAAGAGAUGGCAGGAUUAAACGAGGUGAUGUGUUGCUGAACAUCAACGGCAUCGAUUUGACAAACCUAAGCCACAGCGAGGCGGUGGCCAUGCUGAAAGCUAGUGCUGCCUCUUCAGUAGUUGCUCUGAAAGCCCUGGAAGUGCAGAUUGUAGAGGAACAGCCUCAGGCUAAUGAAGAACAACUGAAUACCAUCAGUGAAAAUGAAUAUGAUGCCAGCUGGUCACCAUCAUGGGUCAUGUGGCUGGGACUUCCAAGCUGCCUACAUAGCUGCCAUGACGUAGUACUGCGGCGGAGCAAUUUAGGCAGCUGGGGUUUCAGCAUCGUUGGUGGCUACGAGGAGAACCACACGAACCAGCCUUUCUUCAUUAAAACCAUUGUUCUUGGAACUCCUGCCUACUUUGAUGGAAGAUUAAAGUGUGGUGAUAUGAUUGUAGCUGUGAACGGACUGUCCACGGUUGGAAUGAGCCAUUCUGCACUUGUCCCCAUGCUGAAGGAGCAGAGGAACAAAGUAACUUUAACUGUCAUUUGCUGGCCUGGAAGCCUCAUAUAAAUGUGCGAAUCAUUUUGGUUCAAGCAGUGUCUUUCUAGAUAGCUGGCACAAAAAUCUCUGUCUUUUUUCCCAUAUUGAUACAGCUGGUUAUAAGUAGGGCCAAAACUGCUGUAUUUCUUUGGUUUUUUUAAUGGGCCUCUCAGACUUCCUUUAUAUGUCUUUCCGUCCUGCUAUAGCCAUUUCUAUUUGCUGUAUCCAUUGCUGAAGCAAAUGGAAAUACACAGGAGCUCACAGAGAAAUUCCCACUCUGAUAUGGCUGUCACUGAGCCUUCCCCAUCAGGCUUGUAGAGUCAGAAGAAGAACUUAGUGGUUCUUUAGGUCUCUCUGCAAAGUGCUCAAGUUAUCUGUGAUAUGUAAGCGUAAGAGCCAUGUGCCCAUUCUUCCCUGCAAAGAGAAGGUGUGUCAGUACUGCAGUGGCACAUCUCUCUGCUGCUGUGAACCAAAAUCUGUUCCCAAAGGUACGUCUCUUUGUUUCUUAAGCCUUCUAUUUUUGACUCAGUAUUUCAGACUGAUUCACAUAAUCCAUCUUACCCAUCAGAAAUUAUUUGCAUCCCCCCACACCCCCAGUUUUUCUAGCAGGGCAUCAGUGUUCACAGAAAAGUAGGAUAAAAGCCUGAUAUUACUGGAAUUUUUAUAAAGUGCAAUAAUUGGACUCUUUGUUAGGAAACUUUAAUAUAUUACAGAGUUUGUAUCCUAUAAUGACAAGAAAAAUGGGAGUAGUAACUGUGGCAACGCUGGCGAGAGUACUCGUGCCCGAGGUCGCCUCUGAGUGAAUGGCUUGCAGUGUUAGACUUUACUUUACAAAUGAAUGUUUUGCUAUGUCAGAGAAUUUUGAUGACCAUUUUUACAAAGAUCAUUUUUACCGUUUCUAUUGUAGCUGUCAGCUCUCUUUAUUCAUCUGUGGAAACAAGACUUUGACUUGUACUUUCUAAAUGGGAGGACUAUUUCCGAGGGGGGUUGGUAGGGGGAAAAAGCAAGCUAUUAAGAAACCAUACAUUAUGGUUUACAGGUGGCCAAGCUAGAAGGAAGGCUCUUUGAAUUCAAGUCCAACUGCAAAGUAAGCUGCAAAGUUCCCUUUUAUUCUGUCACCUCCUGACAAAUGUGCAAAUGCCUUGAUAUCAAAUGCUGAAACGAUCUCUCAUGCAUUUCAGGGUGUUUUUGUUGUUUGUUUUCUUUUUCCCUUUAGAGAGCAUCUGCUAUUAAGUUGUCAGUAAGAGUAACAGUAUUUAUCUUGGAUUGUAUUUAGUAUUUUUACAAACCAACCUGUAACUUCUAGACUUUGCUUUUCCGUGGUAUUUGCAAGCUAAGCACCCACGUGUUUAAGAUAAAAAAGGGUGGAGCGCAGAAAGAAAUGUACUGACCGGGACACACGUUGUCGGUGUUCUACAUAUUUGGGGGAAAAAGAACAAGAGCUUCAUUUAUAAACCAGGUUCCCAACCUGAACUGAUUUUAUGAAUGACCUCUGUAUUGUAUUCUUAACUACCAGAGAAUGUAUUUGAGAACCGCAGCGUAUUUCCAUUGUGAAGCAUGACCUUUCUUUUCAGACUCGGCUGGUAUAAUAAUAUCGGGGCGCAUUAUCGCAUGUCAUUAAUUCCAGCAGCUUUGUUUUCAAAUGAAAUAAAGUUACUCUUUUGCAAAAAAAAAAAAAAAAAGGAAAAAAAGUAAAACUCUCAUAUGAAUGAAGUGGUUUUUUUUUUUAAUUCCUCUCUGUAAUGUAUGCUCUCGGUGUCAUAGAAUCAUAGAAUGGUUUAGGCUGGAAGGGACCUCAAGGAUCAUCUAGUUCCAACCCUCUACCAUAGACAGGGACACCUCCCACUGGAAUAGGUCACUCAAGGCCUGAUCCAACCUAACCUUGAACACCUCCAUGGAGGGAGUGUCAACAACCUCCCUAGGCAGCCUGUUCCAGUGUACCACCACCCUCACUGUAAAGAACUUCUUCCUAACAUCUAUGUUAUGUCUUCAAUGUCCUCUACAUUAUAUUACUGUGCUGAGAACUUCUGUUUCUGAAGCAACCACCAAACUUAAUGGAUCUGAGAACAAGUUUCCUCCCAUCCCCAGAUGACAGGAUGUUAGGGGUUGGAAGGGACCUCCAGAGAUCAUCAAGUCCAAACACCCUGCCAGAGCAGGACCAUAAUCUAGUGCAAGGCCACACAGGAAUGCAGAUGCUGUUUAAUUGUAUACUUUGCUAUUAAUGCAGAUUUUUUGUUGUUGUUGUUGUUGUUUUCGGGUAAAGUACAUCUUAGUAUAGACUUCAGGGAAUAUUUUGACAUAUGUACUAGAUUUAAUAAGUUUUGUUUUUAAAAUUAUCCUAAAAUUAGGCUUUUCAGUCAAACCCUUGCAAAAAUCAGAUUUUUAUGUCUUUUUUAUUCUUUUCCUGUCAUAUGAAUACAUAACAAAAGCAUGGGUUAGCCUAAACUGUGCAGUUUUGUUUCUGUAUGCUGUAGCUUUUAGUCAGAACAUCUAACAAUUUAGUGGAUUUACCUUUCGGAAUUAAUUGCCUUCCUAAAUCAUUUUCCCCCUCUCUUUUGUAGCUGCAUAGUUGGGUUUGGUUUUCUGUGCCUUCUGUUUCAAAUUAUUUCAAGAUUAUUUUUUUUUCCCCAGAUAUUGCUCUCUAACUGUAUAGUAUUGAUGAAGGAUGAAUGAAAAUAAAAAUUCAUUCUACUCGUUGUAAUAAC